AUGCCUCAGGUUCAAGACGUGGCUUGUCCCCAUCAAGAAGGUGCCUCUUCUAACUUUGCAGUGAUUCAAGGUAUGGAGGGUGAACGGAACUGGAAUGGUGAGAAUGCAGAGGAGCCCCUGAGUCACCAGGAUGGAUCAGAAACAAGGAAGACCCUCAGAAAACAUCUGGGCAAUUGGUUCAGAUCCUGCCGAGUGCUGACUGUGCUCCUGGUGCUGUCUGUGCUCCUGGUGCUGUCUGUGCUCCUGAACAUGGCUUUGGUGGUGGCUGUGGCUGUGCUGAUUCCAGUCACACGCGGGGCUCCAGAGUUUCUGGCCUGUCCCGAGGCCUGGGUCGGGUACAACAGGGUCUGUUACUACCUCUCGAGGGAUGAGGGGACCUGGGAGCAGGCUCGGGAUUGGUGCUCCGAGCUCGGGGCCUCCCUGGCCAUGCUCAGCGACAAGGCAAUGGGCUUCCUCUUCCGCCUCAGUGGCAACCUGGAUUACUGGCUCGGGCUGCGGAGAUGGGACUAGCGGCUGCAGUGGGUUGACGGCAGCAGCUACAACUCCUCGCUGGAGGUCCUUGGCAAUUCAGAGUGUGUGUACCUGGCGGACCAUAAACUCAGGAGCGAGGACUGUUCAAAGCAGCUGCCGUAUCUCUGCAGCAAACCCCAAACUCUCUCACCUGUCACUGUGAACGGACAGGGCAGGACUUUGCUGGCAUCGCCUUCCUGA